AUGGAUAUAAGACCAGGGCACAGCUCCCAAACUAACCCUUUUCAAAGAAGAAUGAAAUGUCGGGGUAUUUUCCGAGGGAGAUUUCUGAACUCUACUGAACACAUCAGAGAUACAAUGCAAAUGCGUACUUCAUUCUACCAGCAGCAAGAUGGACAGCCAGCAAUGAGUAAUUCUCCCAUGUACACUCGAAGAAGAUACACUCCAUAUGGUAUUCCAUCCCGGCAUCAGAGAAUCAACUUAUAUAAACAAAACCAAAUGCCUGUUAACAGGGAGGAAGAGCCAAAACCUCCAGAGAGAAAAAUGCAGAAGGACAAGCAAGAUGAUGACACCUCAAAGAACUGGUUCAAGGUCACAAUUCCCUCUGGCAUAAAAUACGAUAAGAAGUGGCUGUUGAAUUUGAUUGAGAGCCAGUGCAGUAUCCCUUUCACACCAGUGGAGUUUCACUAUGAGAAAAUGCAGGCCCAGUUUUUUGUUGAUAAUUCCGGCAUUGCCUUUGAACUGAAAAGUAUCAGUGACAAGAUUUGGGAUGAGUCUAAUAAUAAGCCUCAGAGUCACAGAACUCCAUCUGUGAUUCUGCAGCUGGCUAUGAACCUACAGGUUGCUACUUCUCAGCAAGUUCUUAACAUGCAGAGACUCCCCUUUGACCAAGAUUUGAUGGCCCAUCCUACUGACUUGGCACUGAAACCUGGAAGGUACAUGCCUCCUUCCCUGGAUAUCCAUGAAGAGGACAUGACCCAGGUGAAGUCUGCAGGGGAGAGAGUCAAGGGGCAAGACCCGAAUCCAGAAGAGAUAUGUGCAGACAAAAACUCUCUGAGUACUACCAUCCCGGAUAAGCCCAGUAACAUAAAUUCAAUUCUGGAAUUGUUCCCCAAGUUAUUAAGCCUGGAUGGACAGGAAUCACCUAAACCAACACUCUGUGGCCUUGAAGACCACAAGAGCUUACCAACUUGCAAGGGAAGUUUCUUUGGGUCCGAGGCUGUAAAGACUCUGGUCCUACAGUUCCUGCAUCAGUAUUACUUCAUCUAUGACAAUGGAGAUCGGCAGGGACUCCUUAAUGCCUACCAUGCUGAGGCUUGCUUCUCUUUGACCGUGCUCUUCAGUGCCGUGGACUCAUCCUCGAGCAGCUUGUGGGAGUACUUCAAGUAUAGCAGAAAUAUGAAGGUUCUCAAGGAUUCUUAUAUUCGGAGGCAGCUGCUGAAGCAUAAAAAAUGUGACAUUAUUUACUUUCUUCGUACAUUGCCCAAAACUCAGCAUGACCUCACCUCCUUUGUGGUGGACAUAUGUUUCCAGACAGAAACAAUGAUUUGCUUCUCUGUUAGUGGAUUGUUCAAGGAAGUGGAGGGCAACUCGCAGGGAUGUGCUCAUGCCUUCACUCGGACCUUCAUUGCUACCUAUGGCAACAGUUCAGACCUUCAUAUCAUCAAUGACAAGCUGUUUGUGAGAAACGUCCAAGGGCUUCCCAGUGCCUCCAUCCCUGUGGCCACAUUGCCUGCCCUCUCUCAAGAUCAACAGAAGAUGGUGCAGUCUGGGAUGAAUGCUGAGGGAUCUCCGAAGUGCCUUAAUGAUGAGCAGUGUGAUUACAGCAAAGCCAUACAAAGCCUGGCUUUACUCAAGGUAAAGGACGUGAGCCCAGAGGAUACCUCCAUACAGCCAGGUCCAGGAUCCUAAGAACAGCACACCAAGAAGAAAUCCCUGGGUGUCACUAUCUUAUUUCCUCAAACCUCUGUUGUGAUUUGGUUCUAGUACAGUAAUUUCCAUUUAAAUGAAUUGGGACAUCUAGUUACAUCCUGGAAGCUAAGGCCUAGCUUGUGAAUCUAACUUUCAUGUAUCUAAAUGACCUGUGGUUUGUGUACUUGCCACAUAUUUCAGGAUCCUUGUUUCUUAUAUUUUCUUUUAUUAUCAAUUUUAUUAAAUUUGUUGAGCAUUUCA